AUGAGGGUGGCAUAUGGCGAAGCCGCAUAUGAUGAGACCACUAAGGUGGUUUCUCGGGUUGAGAGGUUUCCAGUAAGGUUGACAACUAGAGGAACUACUGGAGAUGAUGAUGAAGUACUCGGAUUACUGGAUGAAGUGCUGGUUGCGAGACUUGGAGAAAUGGAUGACGAAGACUCAGCGGGAGGCAUGGCUGGUAGAUUUGAUGCAACUACUGUUGGAUCUGGAGUGGUAGUGGGGAGAUUGUUUGGUAAGGAUAUCGGGGAGGAUGCCCAAGUAACUAGCUUUGAUAUCCACGUGUCAAAUACUCAUUGUUACUUUAGUAGCACAUGGAUCCAAUCCGAGCAAUCCUCUCUUAUCCAAUCUCCAUCGUCAAUUCAAAAUCUCAAUCAACGAGCAGAAUUCACUCUCAAUCACCUCAAGCCCAAAAGGUUCAAAUCUCUUUUCCAAAAUUUUCAACCUUCCCGCUCUCCAUAUCUCUCUAUAUAUCCUCCAUUACCCAUUUCUUUAAUUCACCAUUCUAGCAGAACUUCAAUUUUCUCUCAAUAUACAUUCAAUUCCUUCUUAUUCGCUAAAAUGGCCCGCACUAAGCAAACAGCUCGCAAAUCCACAGGUGGAAAGGCUCCAAGGAAGCAGCUAGCUACCAAGGCUGCCAGAAAAUCUGCUCCAGCGACCGGAGGAGUGAAGAAGCCUCACCGUUUCAGGCCAGGAACUGUUGCUCUAAGAGAAAUCAGGAAGUACCAGAAGUCAACUGAGUUGUUGAUAAGGAAGCUUCCAUUCCAGAGGCUUGUAAGGGAAAUAGCACAGGAUUUCAAGACAGAUCUGAGGUUUCAGAGUAGUGCUGUUGCUGCUCUACAAGAGGCUGCUGAGGCGUAUCUCGUUGGGCUCUUUGAAGAUACGAAUCUCUGUGCAAUUCAUGCUAAGAGGGUUACAAUUAUGCCAAAGGAUAUUCAGCUUGCUAGGAGGAUUCGUGGAGAAAGGGCUUAGGAACAAGCUUGUUAGUGUUUAUCUGUUCGAUGUUUCUUAUUUGCAUCUGUUGUUGGAAUUCUAGGGUUAGGUGGUGUAAAUCCAAUUGAGUAACUGAUUUCAGUAUGUGUAAACUGUUGGUUUACUUGUAUUCUGGAUCUUAUCAAUGAAAUUUGUUGUACUUCUUUUUGUUCAA